CUCAUGACAUUUGGCAUGUAAGUUGAAAAGAUUUCACGAAAUAUUGUAGUUAUUAUAAAUAUAAAAAAACUGUAUUUUCUGAAUCUACCCAUCUUCAUUUAAACAUAAUACCAAUUUACAAUAUUAUAGUGAUAUAUAUCUUAUUAAUUUACAAUGACUUUCAUACCGAAUUGGGAAGAAUUUGAAAAAUCUGCCGAGAUGUUAUAUUUGAGAGAUCCUUUAAAUACACGUUACAGUAUUAAAUAUUCUCAUUCAAAAGGGGUAUUUUUAGUAAAAAUCACCGACAACAAAAAGUGCCUUCAAUACAAAACAGAAGUCCAACAAGAUGUAAGAAAAAUUGAUAUGUUUAUAUCAAAUUUAAUAAGACACAUGGCCUCAAAUGAUAAUUAAUAAUGUUAAUAAAUUGUUUAUUUUAA